CUUCACCACAAAACUCAUUGUGACUGAUUGCUUCACUCAUUAAAUCUCUCAUCCUCUUCUUCUGUCGACAUAUUAAAGUACGCGUACGCUUCUCAGCGAGCAAUUUGACUCGAGAUUUUGAAUAAAGACUCUCCACGGCCAAGGAUUCAACGUCUGCGCCCUUGGGUUGGAGAAGUGGGAAAAUCCACCACCACAACCACCACCACAACCACCACUCCACCUCCAUCGCUCCUCGUAUUCAUCAGCUACUUGAUUUCUAACGCCACCCUCCUCCAGCAUCAACUUUUUUUCCCGCUUGUCUACCUCUCUCCUUCAACAUCCACACCCGUUAAAAUGACCGUCCCACUGUCGCCUCGUCCUCUCCGUCCAAAUGAACGAAUCCUCACCAACGACCAAGGAGGAAUCGACACUCCAGCUCGGGCUCCAUCUCCCGUUCACAAUUUUGGCACCCUCGCCGUCCAUGCAGGAUCCCCACACGACCCCUCGACUGGAGCUGUAAUUGAACCUCUUUCUCUGUCCACCACCUUUGCACAGACUGCUGUGGGCAAACCUGUCGGUCUCUACGAAUACAGCCGUAGCUCCAACCCCAAUCGCGACAAUUUCGAGGAAGCCGUUGCUGCUCUGGAACAUGCCCGGUUUGCCCUGGCAUUUGCUUCAGGCUCAGCCACUACCGCCACCAUCCUCCAGUCUCUAGCUGCUGGUUCUCAUGUCAUUUCCGUCUCAGAUGUCUAUGGAGGAACCCAUCGCUAUUUCACAAAGGUCGCUCUCGCUCAUGGCGUUGAAGUCACCUUUUCCCCAUCAAUCGAACUAGACGUUGAGGAGCUGCUUCGCCCCCAGACUAAACUCAUCUGGAUUGAAAGCCCCUCCAAUCCAACUCUCAGCCUCGUCGACAUCCGCAAGAUCGCCACGGUCGCCCACAAACAUGGCAUCCUUGUCGUUGUCGACAACACAUUCUUAUCUCCCUAUGUCCAGAAUCCACUCGAUCAUGGCGCCGACAUUGUAAUCCACUCCGUCACAAAAUACAUCAACGGCCACUCCGAUGUAGUCAUGGGCGUCGCCGCAUUCAACUCUGACGAGCUCAAAGAGCGUCUCACCUUCUUACAAAACGCCAUUGGAGCCGUCCCCUCACCAUUCGACUGUUGGCUCGCCCAUCGAGGCUUGAAGACUCUUCACUUGCGAGCUCGCGAGGCUAGCAAGAACGCACUCGAAGUCGCCACUGCCUUGGAAGCAUCUCCCAACGUCAUCGCCGUCAAUUACCCCGGUUUGGCCUCUCACAAACAACGCGCUGUGGCUCUCAAACAACAUCGCGACGGCUUGGGCGGCGGUAUGCUCAGUUUCCGAAUCAAGGGUGGCCAUGCCGCCGCCGAGCGAUUCUGUCAAUCCACCAAAAUCUUUACUCUGGCUGAAAGUCUCGGUGGCGUCGAAAGUCUUUGCGAAGUCCCCAGUGCCAUGACUCACGCUGGCAUUCCCCAGGAGCAACGCGAGGCCAUUGGUGUCUUUGACGAUCUCAUCCGACUUAGCUGUGGUGUAGAAGAUGCGGCUGAUUUGAGAAAGGAUGUUCUGCAGGCUGUGGAAAAGGCUGUCGUCGGUCCUAAAAUCACAAAUGGUCUCAAUGGUGUUGUUGCGGAUCGGUUCAACAAGAAUGGCCAUCCUCCUACCAAAUGAAAACCGUUCGGGCAGAUGACGACAUCUUAAAUGACCUAUUCUCAUCUACGAAUGACUGGUCUCACGGAAGAGAAACAAACAGACUACGAGACUAUCUAUGACAUGUCCCCGUCAUACCAUACCAUACACCUUGGAACCGCGACUCUUGACACCCGACAUUGGCGCCAAGUUACUGGCUCAGAGUUCCAUCAUUCAUACCCAAAUCACACAGAAUUGAAACACAUACCUAUCUUCGUCUGUUCACGACCUAAGCGAUCAAAUACAAGGACAAUACGGGUGUCAUGGGGUUUCUCAGCGAAGGAACUCGCUGUACUGUCUUUGUAACAGAUCAAAACAAAACAAAUAAUAGAUUUCGAGAGAAAUGUUGAUGUUGAUGUUUAUGGGCUGCUUUCCCAUAUUGGUCGGUUUAGGAGGAUCAUAGAAAUCAAUACGAUGGAUCUUCACUUCACAUCACUUCACUUUGGGUAUUGUGUGUUGUAAUUCCGCUUUUAUCCCUACCUCAAUGUAGUUCCCUGGUAAAUCAUGGAUGGG